AUGGACGCGUGUAGCGGGGGGUUGUCGCCAACCGCCCCCGCGGAGAGCCUCUUCUCCCUGGAGCUGGUGGUGGAUUGCGUCCGGGUGUCGGGCGCUCCCGCUCCCGGGGUGUGUGCUGCUCCGGGCCCCGCGGCGCCCCCCAGCCGUUUGCUCGCCGUGGCCUUCCGGCUCCUGGACUUCCCGACCGUGCUGGUCCAUCAAGUGGAGCCCGAGAGCGCGGAGGCCAUCCGGCGGGCCUCGGCAGGCGAGGAGGAAGGCACUGCCCCUCAACAGCUGAGGGACGGGCCGGGCAGCUGCACGUUCAGCAAAGGGAAAUCCUGCUUAUUCCGGAUCAACCUCGCCUCGCUGCACAGUCACUUGACCCACACCCCCUUGUACGCCAUGCUGCUUGAUGUCUCCCCUCACCUCCCCAAGUUAGUUGGCAGUUGCCUGAUUUCGCUUGGGGAUACGAUCGAGAAGAUCAGGCAAGACGCGGAGAAGCAUGGGGUUGCAGUGCCCUCUGCGCAUGGAGGGAAAGGAGGACAUACUUUAUAUAACCUGAUGGGCGAAAAAGUUGGUUACAUUACUGUUGGACACAGACUCCUAAGUCUGGGAACAAGUUUGCUCCCACACAUCCCAGAGAAGGACGUCCUGAAAGUUGGAGUGCGAAACGAAAGUGUUCCUCCCUGUACGCCACGAUCAGUUGGAUAUCGGUGUGAAGUGUGCGGAUGCAUUCCAGCUCAUUCCUUGAAGGAACCCGACUCAGUUCAUAAUUGCAGCGUUCUUGUUCAGCAACUUGAGUUAGGCGACACUGAAGUGCCCAUCGUCAUUUCGGAAUUAGAUGAAAACCGUAGACCUGGCAAAUUGUCAACCGGAACACAGACCCAACACACGAUAAGAAGAUUAUCAAUAAACCUAGAAAUUGAACAACACCGAGAUUUUUACGACAUUGCAGAUAAUGUUUUUUGUCCCCCACCUCUGUACUAUAAUCAAUCAGCAGAAGAACCUGAAGAAAACUAUACACAAAUGUAUAGAACAGUAGAGCAUCAGGUGGAGUGUUUUCCACGUGAGAAUAAUUCGGAUGAAGAAGAUGGUUUAAAGACAGACCAUCUAUUUAGAAUGAGUCAAACUUUAACCCAUUCAAGUGUACCCCAAGAUCAGAUGGAAAAGACAUCCAGAAUAAAGUCACAAGUACAAAGUAAACAACAACAAUCUGAUGUAGGAAAUACUAUCAGUCAGUUACCCCUACUGAAUGCUCUUCUCCUAGAACUUUCUUUGUUAAGUGAUCAGGCUCUUCCCCAGAUUCCUCUAACUAUUCAUCCCCAGCUUGCUUGGCUUUACAGAGAAAGAAAAGAUGAUUUUCCUGUAGUUGACCAAGUGGCUAAAUCAGAAACACCAACACAGCACCCUAAAUCAUCUACUCCAAUCAGUAACAACUAUACAGAGAGGCAUCCAAAGAAAAGGCUGUCACCAAAAUAUGUAGAAAAAGAAAAAAGACCUAAACAAGACAACAUUGAAGCAAGGAUAGGGCUAGAACAUCGCAAAAAUAAACUGAUGUAUGGAUUGACCAAUACAUUCCGGUUAAGAUUGCAGAAGACAAAUCCAAAUUUCUUGAUUCUUCAUGAAAAGAAAGAACUAUUGAGGAAAAGGCAAGUAGAACAAUUGAAAGGAAGACCAGGGAUUCGCUGUAAAAGUAACAUCGAAAGAAGCUCUUCAAAACCACACCAAUUGGAUAAAGGUGGUGGACAAAUAUCUUUGCAAAGUACUGCCUUUAAAAAUAAAGGUGAGACAUUGAUUCAAGCUACAGUUGAACAAGACUCACCUAAUUUUUCAAAGCUUUCCAGAAAUGUGACGUUUAGUGACGAUAAUGACAGCCAUAUUGGGAAAGAUGUAAAUGUACGUCUGCCCAAAACAUUCCCCCAUGAUGCUGGCCAUAUUCAAAAUGAAGCUUAUAAUGAAGAUGUGGAUAUUUUUCAGACUCAAGAAGGUAACCAUGGCUUUCCUACUAAUACUAGUCCAGAGGACGGUGGUAUAGAAACAUCUUAUAGCUAUCAUAGCAGUCCAGAACCCAGGUAUUCUGAGGACUUCUCCAUCGAUCUUGAACCAGCUGAAUACUCAGAAGAGUUUGCCAGUCCUGAACCUACAAGUAAAUAUGAAGAUACACUGGGUAGCAGUACAGAAACUACAGGCACUGGGAUGAAACAUACCAAUUCAACCACUGAAUCAGAAUCCCACAUGUCGGAACGUUCCAACGACAGUCAGAAACCAGCCAGCCACAACACAGAGGAUUUAUUUCCACUGCCAGAACCAUCAGAAAAAUCUCCAAUUCUGGCUUUGAAAGGAACAUGCAUAGUAAAAGGUCGCCAUCGGAGACCAUCGCUGUCCUCUACACUCUCAGAUACAUCUGAUGAUUCAAUCAUCUCAUCAAAGCAAAAUAGAUUUAAGAAACAAAUAAAAUCAACAACGCCAGAGAACUAUAUGAUAGAGGACAAUCCAGCUAGUACAGAAAGUCCCCAAUUUUCAAAUUCAAGGAAUAGAAACAGGACUUUAGAAGAGGACCAUUCUGUGGGCACAUCUCAGGUGAGCUCCUAUAUACCAUCCAAUGUUUCGGACUUUGAUCUCAGUGCACGUGAAAUGACUCCAGUAGACCUUAAAGAAGAUGGGGAUGAACCAGGUACUAUGGGAAUUGCUAACAAAUGCAAACAUAUAUCUGAACUAAUAGCCAACAAACUCCCUGGAUAUACUUUGUGAAAUUUUUGCUGAACGUUACUACCAAUGAUUGAUUAGUUGAGACUGCAACCUAAAUAACUUAUUCUGCUUGUUAUAAUUUCUGAUAUCCAAUUGAAUAAUCUUUACCUGCACUAAAAACUAAAUGUAUGCAACAAAACACAAGUGCCACACAAGUGUGUUUCUUCGGGUUACAGUACCCUCAACAGGUGUGAUGAUGUCAUAAACUGAUAGUAAAAUUGACGCCACUUCUAAAUGUACCAGAACCUCAAUAUUUUUGCUGUGAUGUUUUAUUUUAGAUCGUAUAUAUUGUACAUUUAGCAUUCCAGCUAAGAAUAUUCUGACAGCCACUUUGGUGAAUUGAGACUACUAUUGUGCAUUCACUUGAAUAGUUUCUCCACAUGUGAUGGGAAUAGGAAUAAUGUAUGACAUUAUAAUAAUAGUAAUGGAUGACAAUAAUCAUGUAGGAAUAUGAGGGAAUUUAACUUUUAAGUAACACACUAGACUUUACUAGAUUCCAGAGAAAGUAUAUAUCAGAAGUUUCUAAUCAAUGCUCAUGUAUUCUUGGAUAUUCUUUUCACGUUAUAAAACACUAGCA